AUUAGUUAAUCGUUUUACAUUUAUACUAUAUUAAUUCAUAAUGGCACCAAAAGCUGAAAAGAAACCUGCUUCCAAGGCUCCUGCUGAAAAGAAGCCUGCUGCUAAGAAGACCGCUUCCUCCGAUUCUGGUAAGAAGAGAACCAAGGCUAGAAAGGAAACCUACUCCUCUUACAUCUAUAAGGUCUUAAAGCAAACUCAUCCAGACACUGGUAUUUCUCAAAAGGCUAUGUCUAUUAUGAACUCCUUUGUCAACGAUAUCUUUGAAAGAAUUGCUUCUGAAGCUUCUAAGUUAGCUGCUUACAACAAGAAAUCUACCAUUUCUGCUAGAGAAAUACAAACUGCUGUUAGAUUAAUCUUGCCUGGUGAAUUAGCUAAGCACGCUGUUUCCGAAGGUACUAGAGCUGUUACCAAGUACUCUUCUGCUUCUAACUAAGCGAAGAUUAAUGUUACGUGUUCUUGAAUGUUUCUUCUAAUUGAGCAAUGCUCGUUUUGGAAGUAACUGUGUAUUUUUAGGUAUUCUUUAAUUCGUAUUUUAGUAUUUUUAUAAUGUAUAUAUAUGUCAAAAAAACAUAUUUUAUUUGG